AUGGUGAUGAUCGCAUUUUUGCAUCACGAUGGGGCGCCCCGGCCGGUCUGGCACGUGGAGCAGGCGGCCGACAACCGAGACGUCGGUAGCGUCGACCUGACCUGGAACAACGGCGAUGUCGGCCAGUUCCCAUACGUGUGGCUGCGGGACAGCUGCCUCUGCCCUGGCUGCUAUCACCCCAGCGCGCUGAGUCGCAAGCUGCGCAUCGACCAGCUGGACGUCGGCAUCGUUCCGCGCUCUGUUCGGAACGACCCGGACGCCCAGGAGGUAGUCAUCACCUGGCCGGACGGCCACGUCUCCCGCUUCCCACACGACUGGCUGGGCCAGCGCCAGUUCACGCCGCAGCAGCUGAAGGAGCGCAAGAAGGAGCAGGCCGGACCCAGGACGGUGCUGUGGGACCGGGCCGCCAUGGAGCAUAGCCUGUUCAAGGUCGACUACAAGGAGCUGCUCGGAGACCUGAGCGUGCUGCGGGAGACGCUCCACCGACUCAUCUCCCACGGCCUGCUGGUGGUGCGCAACACCCCGAUCCGGUUCGGCGUGGUGGAGGAGAUCGCCUCCCGCCUCGGGCACACCAGGAUGACACACUACGGGAAGACAUUCAGAGUGAUGAGCAAGCUGGACGCCAAUAAUCUAGCAUACACCAGCGAGACCCUGUCACUGCACCUGGACCAGCCCUACUACGAAUACAUCCCUGGGGUGCAGAUGCUGCACUGCAUCUCCCAGCACGUGGGGAGGCGGCGGCGAGAACACGCUGGGCCGACAGCUUCUACGUGGCCGAGCUGA